AUGGCAACCCGCUCCCGGCCGCCCUCUCGAGCCCGCUCCCCUAUCGAUCAGGGAGAGCUGGGACCCUUCCUUCCGCCAGCCUCCCCUGAGCUCGGCAAAGUCUCACUUGAGCGGGUCAUCCGCCUCCUCUGGGGGCUCCAAUCCCAAGUCAACCGCAUUGAGCGGACCCUCUUGGAACAAGCCAAAGUUAGCCAAGAGGUUCGAACCAACGUCGAGAACAUCUUGCAAACAGUUGAUGUUGUCAAGGAUGGGCUUGCCCAGCUCCAACAAUCCCGGGGGGCCCCCAGACGCGACCCCCUGUCCUUAUUCAACCCAUAUCCCUCCUCCUCCUUCCCUUUGGGACCGGCUCCAAUUCCCCAAGGACCUCCGCCAGCGCCUAUUGUCACCCUGGCGCAGCCUCCAGCCCCCUCCACUGUAAAAGUGGAUCAUCCCAAUGCCUUCAAAGGCAAAAUUGGCUCGGAGGCCAAACAAUGGCUGACGCGUAUGUUGGCCUGGAUACGCCUCAACCAGAGGCAGUUUCCCUUGGACCUGGAGGUCCUUAGCUUCCUCCUCAUGAACAUGGAAGAUGCAGCCGGGGCCUGGGCCCACCCCCACCUGGACCAAUUAGGGUCCCAUUGCGCACUCAUCCAGACCGUAGAUGAGUUCAAAACCAAGUUCCUGGCCGCCUUUGGCAACCCCAACGCUACCAGAGCAGCGGAGCGGAAGAUUACUUCCCUCACACAAACCGGCACUUGUGCCAAAUAUAUUACUAAGUUCCGCACGCUGCAAAUGGAACUCAAUUGGAACGAUGCCGCACUCCGCGGUCAGUUUGCGCAAGGACUCCACUGGGAGGUCCAAAAACAAAUUGCCACAAGGGAGAGGCAACCCCGUACCCUGAGGGAGCUGCAAGAUGCUGCCCUCAUCAUUGACAACGCCCUCCGCAAGGAGCGAGCCAGCCACCUGCAACAGGGUAAUAAGUCUGGCAAGACUUCUUCCACCCCCAAUUGGGGGGCAAGUACCAGCCAACAGGCCACCAAAACCGGUCCCCUUUCCUCCAAUCCCAAUAACGUCUUGGAGGAAGAACGUAACCGCCGCCGCGCAGAAGGUCUCUGUGUCAAAUGCGGCAAACCAGGGCACAAGUUUGCCGAAUGUUGGACCGGAUGGAAGGCUACCCCAAAAGAGGAUAAGGGGAAGGCCAAGGAAACCGCCAAAAUUGGCAAAGACUCUGAGUACCAAUUGGGAAAAGAAAUCACACCGCUCUUCACUAUUCCAAUAAAGCCAGAAAAACAAGCGGAAACACUAGAAGUCCUGAUUGAUUCAGGCGCCACAUCAUCCUUCCUUCACCCCUGUACUGCGGAACUACUCCGCCUUCCACUCAUUGAUCUCCCUACUCCCUGUACCGUCACUAUGCUCAAUGGGUCGAGCCCCCAGGCUGGCAAAAUCUGGAAGAAGACAAUCCUGACCUUCUCCCUUGAUGGCAAGAAAAUGACAGAGACCUUCCUUAUAUGUAACACAGGUUCUCACGCCGCUAUCUUGGGACUGAAAUGGUUGGAUGCCCACAAUCCGGAGAUUGAUUGGAAUACACGCACCCUCUCUUUCCCUCAUACAACCCCUGAACGCGUGGCCAUUGCCAAGGAAGAAGAAGCAGAUAAGAACCCUCUUGAAGGAGUACCCUCCGAGUACCAUCAAUAUGCCAAAGUAUUUGGAGAAGAAGAAUUCAACAAACUUCCUCCUCACCGGCAUUAUGACAUUGGGAUAGAACUCACGGAAGAAGGCCCCCUCAACUCCCCCCUUUACAGCAUGACAGACGCCAAGUCCGUCACACUCAAAGACUGGCUCAGGGAUGAGUUGAAAGCUGGGAAGAUCCGUCCCAGCAAAUCUUCCAUCAGUUCCCCCGUAAUGUUUGUCCCCAAUAAAGAUGGAUCCCGGCGCUUGGUUGUUGACUACCGUUGCCUUAACAAUUGCACCAAGAAAAACGUUUAUCCGCUCCCCUGUCCGGAUGACCUUAUGGCCCAACUCCGCGGCGCCAAGGUCUUCACCAAACUAGAUCUACAAUGGGGUUACAACAACGUGCAAGUUAAAGAAGGUGAUGAGUGGAAAACUGCAUUCCAAACCAAAUACGGCCUCUAUGAAUCCCUGGUCAUGACCUUUGGCCUUACCAACGCCCCCGCCGCCUUCCAACACUUCAUGAACAAAUUGUUUAAGGAUCUGCUAGACGUAUGCGUCAUCAUAUACCUUGAUGACAUCCUGAUCUACUCCAAGGAUGACGCAUCACACACCAAGCACGUUCAUGAGGUCUUACGGCGCCUAAUGGAUAACCAAUUGUUCUGUAAAGCGUCCAAAUGCACAUUCCACGUCACCUCUGUGGAAUACCUGGGAAUCAUUGUAUCUGAUAAGGGUUUUAGCCUGGAUAAGCUCAAAAUCCAGGCUGUUCAAGAAUGGCCCACGCCUACCAAGGUCAAAGAGGUCCAGUCCUUCCUUGGACCACUACAUUACUUGGUCAAGAAGGAUACACCCUGGAAAUGGGAAACAAGGGAACAAGAAGCAUUCCAAAGCCUCAAGGACGCCAUCACCAACGCACCAGUACUUUGCCACGCUGACCCCACAAGACCCUACUUCCUAGAAACGGACGCCUCUGGCGCAGCAUUAGGUUCCAUAUUAAGCCAAUGCCAGGAAGACGGUUGCCUACACCCACUAGGAUUUCUGUUGGAAUCAUUCAAGGGAGCGGAACAGAACUACGAUAUGCAUGACAAAGAACUACUUGCUAUCAUACGCUCAUUUGAGUAUUGGCGCAUUUUCCUGGAAGGCACCUUACACCCCAUCACUGUCUUUACCAACCACAGUAACUUAGAAUACUGGAAAGAGUCUAGAACGUUCAACCGUUGCCAUGCACAAUGGCAUCUCUUGCUAGCCAGGUACAAUUUCCAGAUCAUCUAUUGCCCCGGAAAGCAAUCAGGAAAGCCGGACACCCUUUCACGUCAAUCAGAUCACGCCGAUAUCCCCCCUGCGGCCCAAACCAUGCUCCCGGACCCUGUGUUUGCAAACGUUGCCCUGGUCACACCGGAAAAAGAGUUACAGCGCCAAAUUGAAGCGUCCUUGGAUCAAGAUGAAUCCCUGGAGGAAAUCCUCCAAUUUCUACAGAACCAGUCCAGGGCGCCCCCCUCCAUCAAACGCGCAUUCAAAGAUUACAAGAUGGAGGCCGGGUUGCUCUUCUACCAAGGACAAAUUGUAGUCCCUGACGUUGGAACACUAAGGACGGACCUACUCCACAUUUUCCAUGACAGCGCCUUGGCAGGACAUCCAGGAAGACAACAAACCCUGGAGUUGGUAUCAAGGAAUUACUAUUGGCCUGGGAUUUGUGCCAACACAUACUGGCAUGUAGAUUCCUGUGAAACAUGUCAACGGAUAAGGAAGCCAAAAUACGCGUCAAUACCACCUGAACCCCUUGAGCUCCCUAACAGACCAUGGCAACAUGUCUCCUACAACAUGAUAGUAGACCUGCCCAAAGACGGAACUUGCGACUCAAUCCUGGUCAUUGUUGACAGCUUCACCAAGUACGGGAUUUUUGUCAAAUGCUCCAAAAAGCUCAAAGCACCUGAACUGGCGGAACUGUUCCUAGAACAUGUGUGGAAACGGCACGGAAUGCCUGAGAAAACAAUCUCGGAUAGGGGAAGAGUCUUCAACAAUAAAUUCCUGAAAGCGCUAUACAAACGCCUAGGAAUAGACCCUCACUUCUCUUUGGCUUAUCAUCCUCAAAGCAACGGUCAAACGGAAAGAGUGAACCCCUCCAUCAAACAUUUCCUCAGGGCUUACUCAGGGAUUAACCAACGGGACUGGACCAAAUGGCUCCCAAUGGCAGAAUUUGCGUACAACAAUGCUGUACAUAGCAGCACGGGAAAAACCCCCUUUAAAGCCUUGUACGGAUGGGAACCCACCUUAACCCCAUCAAAUGUACCAACGGACGUCCCAGAAGCAGAUGACCUUGCCCAGACAAUGGAAGCACAAUGGAAGGAAGUGGAAUUGGCACUCCGGCAAUCUAAGCAAUGCAUGACGGCCGGGAAAGAUGGAAGCCCAACAGAAUUCAAGAUUGGAGAAGAAGCUUGGCUGGACGCCAAGAACGUUAACCUUAAAACCUUGAGUCCCAAACUUACAGAACAACGCCUAGGACCAUUUAAGGUUAUCGAGAAAAUCUCCAACCAAGCCUACCGUCUAGAACUCCCUCUGACCAUGCAAAUCCACAACGUCUUCUACAUAGGGCUCCUAUCUAAGGUCAAGAGAGACAAAAAGCGCGCCUUUGAAAAUCGCCCACCACCUGUCACCGUGGAGGGGGAGGAAGAAUAUGAAGUAGAAGGAAUCACCAAUGCCAAGGAAAGAGAUGGAAAAUGGUUCUUCUGA